AUGGCGGCGCCCGUGGCUCUCAUCCAGGGCUCCAGCAGAGGGCUGGGGCUGGAGUUCUGCAGACACAUCCUGAGGAACCGAGCCUCCGCGGCCGUCUUAGCGACAUGUCGGGACCCGGAGGGAGCGGCCGAGCUGCGGGGCCUGGAGGCUCAGCACCCGGGCAGGCUCACGGUCCUCCGGCUGGACGUGAGCCGGGAGGAGGACAUCCGAGGAGCCGCGCUGCGGGUUAAGGAGAGCUUCGGGCGGCUGGACCUGAUCGUCAACUCGUCCGCCAUGCUCCAUCCCUCCGGGAGAGGAGAGACCAGCCUGAGAGACGUGUCUGCGGAGGGCAUCAUCUCCACCCUGACGACCAACACAGUGGGUCCUCUGGUGAUGGCCAAGUACUUUGCCCCCCUCCUUCAGAAAGGUGGAGGAGGUUUUGGUCAGCAGCCCGUGGAGAAACCCAAGCAGCACAGCGGCCUCAUCGUCAACAUCACGGCCAAAGUGGGAUCCAUUGGUGACAACGGUCUGGGGGGUUGGUACAGCUACAGGAUGUCUAAGGCAGCUCUCAACAUGGCCACCAGGAAUCUGUCUAUAGAGCUGGGCCGCGGUCGCCCCAAGGUGGUGUGUGUGUCCUUACAUCCAGGAACAGUAAGCACAGACCUCUCCCGACCGUAUCACAAGAAUGUGCCGACAGACAAGUUGUUCAGCACUGAACACUCGGUGAACUGUCUCAUGAGCCUCAUAGACGCACUGAAUAUGGAAAAGACUGGCAAAGCGUACAACUGGGACGGAGCCGAACUUCCUUGGUAGAAUCAAAUAAAUGGACUGAGAGAGAGAGAAAGGUUAUUUACCUCUAAUGUUGAUGCUAACACUCUCGGCUCCGUCUGGAUUGUGCAAUAAGCUCGACCGUACACUAAGAAAUCAUUAGAAUUUAAGAUAAAGAGGUUUCUGCUGGAGUCACAGUCUAAACAGUUAAACCUCAUCCACUACCUCACAACCAGCCACGGUGCUUCGAUCACAUGUGACACACACAAGGGCCUCAUGCUACUGUAAGACCUGAUAGAAGUGUGUCCGAACUGAUGAUCUAAUGUCAUUUCUUAUCAUUCCUUUUUCCAGUAUUAAUUAAUAUCACCAAGUGGUUUAUGAUAAAUAAAUACUUUAGGAGUUGUUUUUUUUUCACUUUCAGGGGUGUUAGCUAGAGACUGGAAAAUGCUAACUUGGCUUUGUCCAAAGGUAGAAAAACAAAUCUACCUGUUAUCUCACUCAGGUUAGUCUGUAUCAAAACCCGACUGUUGUGGUUUUACAUUAUUGAUCUUCUCAGCUCAUU